GCUAGCUGUGGGAGUCUUCCGCCCCCCCCUGGCGGGCGCCUCGCCCCUCCUCUCAGCCUCCAGCGUCCCGGGGUGGGGGCAGCCUGGCCCAGCCGCCUGUGACCCCGGACCGCGCUCUGCUGGUGGGGGGGGGCAGCCCAUCCCCGGGGAAUUUCCCACCGGAAGUCGCCCGCGGCCCUCGGGGCCAGUCUGGGGGCGCUCUGGAGCUUAGCGCCCCCGGGCACACAGUAGGUGCUUCGGCCAUGCGGAAUGAGUGGGGGGCUGCUCCGCCCCGACCCCCUUCUCUCUAAGCCCGCCUGUAGGAAAAGCUCAUGAGCCCAUCCGCGUCCGCCUCGGGACCCAGACGCCAUGCCCUCCCCGCCUCCUCUCGCCCCUCCCCCCAGCGUGGCCCCGGCGGGGUCACGUGGGGAAGGCAGGGCCAAUGGCAGGGCUGCCGCCGCUCCGCACCUCUGCCCGCGGGCCGCUGUGGCUCCCACGUGCUCCCCGCCGGCUCCGCUCGCCAUCAUGGGUCCCUGGCUGGCCGCCCUGCUCUUCCUCGGGCUGUCCCUGGGCCAGGAGAACAAGGCAGCGAACAACACGCUCCCCAAGCCCCAGAUCAUUUUCGACAACGGCUCGGUGAUCCCGGUGGGCCUCCCGGUGUCUGUACGGUGCCGGGGGCCCCCCGAGGCGAAGCUGUUCUUCCUGAAGAAAGAGAGCGCCGAGGCCUCCGAGAGCACCCAGCCGCCCGUCUGGAACGAGGCGCGUUUCUCCUUCGCCAAGAUGGAGCAAGCCCUGACCGGCGCCUACAGCUGCCGCUACCAGGCCGGGGCCGGCAUGUCCCCGUCCAGCGAGAGCGUGAACCUGGCCGUGUCGGGCGUGCUCCCCAAACCCUUGCUCUCGGCCAGCACCAACACCCAGCUGGCCUCGGGCCAGUCCGUGUCAUUUAAGUGCCGGUCGGAACACAAGUUGGACCGGCUGAUCGUGUACCAGGACCGAGGGCUGGUCCCGCCCACGCACCAGCCGGCCCAGAACUCGGCCGUGGAGCUCCGGUUCUCCAGGAUCGACAGCAAGUACACGGGCACCUUCUUCUGCAUGGGCUACACCAGCAAAGAGCCCCUGGUGUGGUCCGUGCCCAGCGACCCCGUGGAGCUCACAGUCCUCCAAUCCCAGGAUCACGUCACGGGCAGCCUCCUCCUUGUGGUCCCGCUGGCCCUGGGCACUCUGCUGUCCUAGGCGUGGAUCAGCUGAAAGGGAUCCAGAGAAGGAGGCCCGAGAUCCCUCGCCUGCCCCCGUCGUCCUAGCCUCCAGUGCAAGCACACACAAUAAACCACCAGGUCAAAGUUGA